GCUUCUGGGUUUUGCUUUCAGGCGCACUCCUGCUGAAUCGGUAUGAGUGUGUGUGUAUGUGUGUGCGGGGCGUUCACUCUUUCUCCAGCCACAGUAGCAACACAUUGCAGCAGCGUCGGCCCCCGAACAAAAGGCUAAAAGCAGCACAGCCACAGGAGGGGAAACUCAGGGACAGAAGCAGGCUGUGUGGCCCAGCGUGACUGCACUUCUCAGGGAGGAACUCAACCUGCCGUUUAGCCCUCCCGGCCCCCGGAGAGGAGACGGGACGAGACUCCAGACCAGCCCGAGCUGCCUGUUUGUCUCUCGGGCUGUCACAGCUGAGGAACACACCCUGUUGCUGACAGCCCCUCUUUCACUUUGUCUUUCAUUCACCUCCACCUCUCUGUGUCUGUCAUCCUCUUCUGAGACCACUGCACCUGUCCUCCUCCACCUGUGCAUCUCCUCCUUCACCCUUCACCCUGUCCUCCAUGAUGUCGGACGAUGACUGCCGCUCGCCCAUUGGCCUGGACUGCUGCAGCUGCUGCCUGGACCUGGCCAACGGCUGUGAUGACUCCAUGUCUGGCAGCCCGGGUCAGGGCCUCGGUUCUGGCCUGAGCACCAGGGGCCUGCCCGCAAGCCCGACCAGCCCCAGCGUCAACCAGUUCCGCCAGCUCCGAGACCAGCUGAUGUACCAGAACCUGAACACGGACAAGCUCAACAACAUCAUGAGGCAAGACUCCCUGGAGUCGGUGGUGAGGGACCCCUGCUUCCUGCUCAACGAGGGCAUCUGCAACAGCAACAUCGACCAGACCAUGCUGUCCAUCCUGCUCUUCUUUCACAGUGCCUCUGGUGCUAGCGUUGUGGCCAUCGACAACAAGAUUGAACAGGCAAUGGAUCUUGUCAAGAACCACCUGAUGUACGCCGUGCGCGAGGAGGUGGAGAUCCUCAAAGAGCAGAUCAAGGAGCUGGCGGAGAAGAACAACCAGCUGGAGAGGGAGAACAACCUCCUGAAGAACCUGGCCAGUCCGGAGCAGCUGGAGAAGUUCCAGUCUCGCAUCCCGACAGAUGUGCUGCUACCCCUGGACAACCAGCCCACCCAGGUGACCCCGGACCACCACAACCAGCACAAGCCGCAGCAGCCGCAGUCCUGCACCCUCAGCACUGGCUCUGCCGUGUAAGUGGCUCUGCCUUGGGGCGGGCAGAGCCACUGCCUCUUCACAGUAAUGGACCUCCUUUUUUUGACGAAAGCGUUAAGAAAUCAUCGCCGCCGCCGAGAACCCUCCUCCGAAUCGCCGAGGAUUUGACGGAGGAGAAGCAUCGGGGCUGUAACUGAUCGAUGAGACACAUAACAACUGUUGACAUUGAAAAGCACAACACAAGACUUUUCAGACGCUCCGACUGGUGCGGUCCCAGUCCCGUCCUCUGACACUGUUAUACUCUUUGUUCUAGUCUCUGUUGUGUAGACAAAAGCGCUAAGAGUGAGGGCCCGCUGUGCACCAGGGAGCGCUUGCUUUCAGACAGAGGGGAGCUUUCCCUGCCCUAGCCGUACCCUACCAGCAAGCACCCUUCGCUCCAGAGAGGGGGCGAGGAGGUGUGAUAGGGCUGGCCCUGUAGGUGCUGUCUUGGAAUGGGGGGUGGGCACUCAUCCCACCCACCACCCAGAGGAGACCCACCUGAGACGGUCCUCCAUGUCUCAACAGAAAGAGCCCCAUCAUGUGGAUUAUCUGUUCUGAAUACAAGCUUUGUGGAUUCACAUCUAAUAAGCUUCAGCUGCAUAUUGAGGACUUUUCUGUACCCACAGUGUAUUGCUCAUAUGUUCAUGUACAUUUAAGCAUAACAAAUAAUUAACAGGGCAACAGAGGUGGAGGUUAAUGCAGUAUAGCGUAUAGGAGCUGGGGAACUGCCGCGGUAGACUCUAAUCAGUCUGCUGUUAUGAUUUGUAACAUGCAACACUUGUAUUGUCUGCAGUUGGGGCUUGCUGCUUAUGGGGGGAAAAAGAAUCCUGCUAUAUCUUUUUUUUUGUUUUUGUUUGUGAUUCUGAAAAAAAAAAAAUCAGCUGUUUGUAAAAUAGGAGCCUUGUACAUUGUUCUGUAAAGAUGAUUUUGUUUUUAUACCGGGGGGGUUGGGGGAGGGGGCGGGCAUAUCUGGCCCCUCUGUUUGCCUAGCUCUUGAAAGUAAGAACAUAACGAGAUGUACGUAGAGUUGAAGACGUCCCGAGGUUAGUGUAGUGGAGAGGGUGAGCGAGGCGGGCGCUGCUCGCGUCUCUCGCUGCACGUGCACUCCCGAUUUACCGCGGCGUCGCGCAGUGUGAUCUGCUGAGAGACGCUCGGAUGCCAACUUGAAUACAAUGGCAUGACAACAGUGCCUGUUCUGUAGUAAGAGAGGAACACAUUUCCAAAAAAAAAAAAAAAAACCCAAAAACAACAACAACAACAAAAAAAGCUCUGUUGUUUUUUCUAGCUACCAAAGACUUCGCCUUAGACUUUUCAAAACAGCCGGAGCCAAGAAAAACCAGGACCAUGUGUACAACAAAAAAAAAAAAAAAAAAAAAAAAAAAA